AUGCGAGGCGCGGUCAGUGACGAAAGUUCGAGAAGGAGCGCCUGCUGGAUAGAGAGAGCGAUGGAACGAAGGUUACUUGGUGUGUCUUUUCGUAACCAUAUAAACAAUCAGACACUUCGUCGGGCAAUUCGCGACACGCUCUGUUGGCAGGUGCCAAAAAUUGGGAACGGUAGCAGUUAUGGUGUUAAUGGUUCUUCGCGGUUAACUUCAGAUUUGGAUCAGCAGACGAAAACAGAUGCAGCUUACGAAAACAGCCAUUUAAAAGCACGAGAUGUCGCUGACUUAGCAGCAAUUGAUAACAUUGAUUAUGGAACAGCGAGCGAUUUCGUCCCACCCAAAAAACCAAAUGAUACUGCUACUUACACUGGAAAUAAGAAAUCAGUAGGCGAGGUGGAAAUUGGAAGCACAAAUCCGGACACAAUGCCGUACAUUGAUGAUGAUACACGUGUGGACGAUAUAUAUUGGUUUCUUUUAUUUCCCCUUAUUUUUAAAAUUCUCUUAAAUAUCCUCCCCUCAUUUUUUGCUGAAAAACCGGAGAGAUUUUUGAAACGGUUGGCUUGA